GAGGAAGGAGGACCAGCAGCGGUUUCUUUAGUCCGAUGUGGCGCUGGCAUCCAAUGGAGAGCAAUCUCUGCGCAAUGGGACAGUGUCGCCGUAGCUAGCAGUCUGUGAUGCAGGGUAUCGUUUACUUCGUGUGUCCGAUCCAAAGCUGCUCUAAAAUCAUAUAGUACGUGUACAGAGACGUUUUACCCUAUUAGUAUCGGCCGGCGGUAUGUUUCGUGGCCGAUCACGGCGAGGAGGAGCAUUUCCCUGGGACUUUCAUCCUCAUGGCCCGCCGUCGGGGCCGGUGGCGGGGCUCCGCGGUCCCAUUUCCGGUCGCUCGCCGCAGGGCCAUGUCCACCCUUUGCACCGCGAGUCCUACAUGGAGGACCGGAACAGAGAGCGCCUUGGCUAUCACCACGGCUACCACACCGACUCGGAGAAACUUCGGCGCUCCCCGCACCGCGGGAGGUUGCCGUCACCCGGCUUAAGAAGCACUUGGGGCCCGGGAGGCGGGCCUUCUUCUAGCGAGCCCUUCGUUAAAAGACUGACCCCCUCUCCGUCACGUGGUGGGCCCUCAACUGACCACAAGCUGGCGAUAACUGUGGGGAAUGACCGGACUGGAUUACCUGCUUGGAAAUCAGGCCACCCGUAUGACAGAGAUUAUCACUAUAAAGGCCAGCAUAGUUAUCCACCUCCUCCUGAGAAACGGACAAGUUAUGAUGGACGGUAUGAGGACCUUGCAUACAGGAGGCGGAGCCCAGGCAGGAGGAGGAGUCGGGGGCGGAGCCGGGGUAGGAGUAGGAGCCGUAGUCCUGGCAGGGGACGCAGCAAGAGUCGUCCUCCUAGCAGGAGUAGGAGUCGUGGAAAGAGUCGGCCACGUAGCCACAGUCGCGGCCGCAGUUGGGGCCGAAGCAGGAGCCGACCCCGGAGCAGGAGUCUGAGCAGGGCCAAGAGUCACACCAGAGGGAGAAGCAGGAGCUGCAGUGGCAGCAGCAGCAGGAGUAGCAGCAGCAGCAGCAGCAGCAGUAGCAGUAGCAGUGGAAACAGGAGGGCAAGAGCAUCUCCCUCCAAGGACAAGCACAGUGAAGAAUUCAGGGAGCUAGAGUUGGCCCGACGGAGGAAGGAGGUAGAGGAGAUGCUGGCCAUGCCCAAAAAGUCCAUCCUCAAGAAGCGAGUGGACUCUGAGACAGAUUCUCCGGCCAUCUUGCAGGGAAGUGACUCCCCAGGAGAGGGUGGUGUGGAACACCAGGGCAGCAGUCUAUCCCGGGAGACAGAGCGCUUCCUCCACACCAUCGCCAAGGGGAUGGAGUCGGGCCUCUUAGCGUCCAUCCUACAGGAGUGGAAGGAGGAAACCGGCCAGGGUUCUAGUCUCAAGCAGCAUGAAGAGAACAUCCCUGGUGUCAAACAGGAAUUAUGGAUAGAAAAUGCCUGCGAUUCUCUCCUCCCUCACGAGAAGGUUGGGCAGGAUGUGGGCGGGUUCUCCCGCAUUUUAGGCCUGAUGGGAGAUUCAGGAGGCCAGCAGGACAGGAAGAAAAGCUUCACAGACAUAGAGGACGAGGAACGGUUUCUCUACGGGGACGAUGAGGAAAGCCAGCCGCCAGAGACUGAUGCCCCGAAGCGGCAUUACAGUCAGCAUGGUGACAUGGGCAUGCUCCAGUACUCCAGUGACAAUCCUGAAUUUAUGCAGCAGUAUCUCAGUCAGGAUCCUGCUGCGUUUUCUCCAUGUCGAUGGGAUCGGACCACUGUCGAGGACCAUCUUGACACGCACUCAAUCAGGGGCUGCCAUGAUCAGAACUCAAUGGAUGUGAAGUAUGGUCGCCGUAGCCAGCCAGUCGCGACCCUCAAAAAGGAGGGCAAACAUGGUCCUGAGCUGGACAGCUUCCCACCUGGAGUGGGCCCAGAGGAGGCCAAAGAGAGACAGGACAUCGAAGAGUACGAGAAGAUCCAGGAGCUGCUUAAGACCAUAGGGCUGGAUCUUGGACUGACAGAGAUCAGCAAGAUGGCCGCCCGGACACAGGAACGCUUGCAUGGUAACGUGGAGAUGCGACCGGGCCGGAGGACAUCAUCUGGCAGCUGGGACCGGUGCCGGCAUCGCAGCCGCAGUGGAAGCCAGAGCGAAAGCAGGAGCCGGAGCCCCAGUUGGAGCCACCGUCAUGGCAGGUCCACGAAUGAGCGAUCCCCAUCACCUCCCCGUAUCCAGAGCAUCUCGUGUGACGAUGCCCCCGUGGUCCCUGGCAGCCUGGAGGCAGAAUCACGUGCUCGGGAGAGGAGCUGGGGAAUCCCUGUAUUGGGGAUGAGCACCUCCCAGCAGCCUGUCCCCCUGAACCAACCCCCUCUCUGCCCCCCCUCUGUCCCUCAAGCCAUGGGCUCACUGGCAGUCAUACCCACCCCCUCGGUACCAGCUUACACACAGAACCACACAUCAAAUUAUCCACCCCCUGCCCCCAGCUAUCCACCCCCUGGUUAUGGACAGUAUGGGAACUACAUGCCCUACAUGCCCCCCAGCUGGCCUAUGUACCCACCUCCCUCUCUGGAACCACCUGCUGUCCCUGUGGGGGGUCAAAAAACUUCAGCACCACCUGGACGUUCCAACCUGCGAGUCAUUGAGACCGUUUCCAUAGAAACUCAAAAGAACAAGCCUGUAGCACAGAAAGAAGAGUGCAGCUCAUUUCAAGGGUUGAACAGGGAGGAAGAUCCGCAGGUCAGGCGUGCCAAUCCUCAGCUAACCGAGGAGAAGGACACCAACAGGCAGAAGAAGAAGGUUAUUGAAGAACGGGACAAACUAAAGAAAGAAAGAGAAAUCCUAAUGGACAAGAAGGACUAUCUCCUGAAAGAAUUGGAAAGGUUAAGGAAGCAACAAGGAAAACUCUUGAGGAAGAAGCGUCGCGAAAAGGAUGGACACAAGGACCCAUUGCUGGCUGAGGUGAGCCGCCUCCAAGAGGAGAUCAUGGUGCAGAUCUCCCAGCUCCGCAAGGAGCAGGAGGAGGCAGAGAAGAAGUGCGUGGAGCUGGACAAGGUGGCUCUUAUCCUGGGCCUGCAUGUUAUGGACAAGCCCAGGAAGGAGAGUCGGCUCUCCAGGGAGCUCCAGUCGUCAUCGGAAGGGGACAGAGACAGCGUUAAGAGCUCUAACAACCCAGCUGUGGGGCCGUCAUGCGACGCAGCGUCCUCCAAGGCAUCAUCUGCCCCGAAGAGCGCACCAGGAAAAGCGAAGGCACAGGGCCUUGGCCACUCCCCACCACCCCCUGCAAGCGUGCCAGACCAGUAUGAAUACUAUGACGCCGGGGACCACUGGUGCAAAAACUGCAAUACUGUCAGCGGCUCCCUCUUUGAUUUUUUUGUUCACUUGCAUAGUAAAUCACAUAGAAAGACCCAGGAUCCAUAUGACAGGCCCUGGGCAUCAGCCUCCCCCAAGAGCCAUGGAAGGAAGACCUCCGCAGAAAGGAUUGUGAAACCGGCAAAAGGGUCUGAGUUUCUCAUCCCGAUGGCAGGAUUUUACUGCCAGCUCUGCAAAGAGUUUUUUGGAGAUCAGAUUUCCGCCGAAGACCACGUCACAGCACAGACUCAUAAUGAGAAAUACAAGAGGCACACAGACGACUUUCCACUUUAUGAGCAAAGGAGGAACCUGGAUCGUCAGGCUGGCCUGGCUGUGGUUGCGGACAGCAGAGAGCAGCGGCACUCUGGGGUGAAGCACAAACUGGAGGAGAGGGGAGAGGGGGCCCAGAGUCUCAAGGACGAAAAACUGGAUGCCUGCCACAUGGAGACUGAUCGAGAAGACAAGGCGGGGAGUCAGCGGAAGGAGAAGGAAGAGAAGAAGAAAGAUGCAGGUGAGCAUGUCCUGGUAAAGGGGAAGAAGGGAGAAGCCAUCAAGCCGGCCGAGCCACUUCAGAGGACACCUGAAACUCAGAGGGUGAUUUCAGGACCCAGUCCCUCAAUCCUGGCAAAGGUGAGGAAGAGGAGUUCAUCCUCAUCCACUCCUCUGGCCUUUGGGAAGUUUAGCUGGAAGAGGACAGACAAGGAGAAUGAGGAGGAGAAAGCCGUGGAAUGUGCCAUGGAGCAGGACAAUGGUGGGGACACCGGUGGGGACAAGGGUGAAGUGAGGGGAGCCCUAAACAAAACGAAGACCAUCGCCAUCAAGCUGUCUGGGAAAACUGUCAUCCCUCCAUCCAGUCCUUGGCUCCCCACCAGUUCCUCUCCAACUGCCUCGGUAAAAAUCCGCCCAAACCUGCCUGUACCGGCUAUGGUCUUAAGGAAGUCCCACCCUGGCGCCUCCAAUAAACCUGGUUCGCAACAUACUGUCACGCCUGGUUCUGUAGUUCAGGACCAGAUCAAAGAAAAAGCGGUGGUGACUCCUGACCUCAUCUCCAAAGCGUUUUGCGGCGAGGAGGUGGUCCUGAAAACUCCUGAUACACAUGAAAAAGCUACAACACCUGAAGAGAUCCCCGUGGCCUCCACACCACUUAACACGGCACCCUCGGAUCCAAAGGAGGGGCUUGUUGAGCAACAGGCUCUGUCUUCUCCAGCCACAUGUGUGAUGACCUUGGAGUCUGACGUGGCUGCCCCCGGGGUGCCUGAGAGUGAACAGAUGCUGACCAUUGUGGUCCGGCCCCCUCCUCUCCUAAACUCAAGCGAUGCGCUGCCUAAGAUCGACAAGCCGAAGUCCAGCUUAGCUGCGGCGAAAGCGCAGGACUUGUACGACAUCUUCUACCGCAGCAGCAAGAUAGCCUCAGACCCUCGACCUGGGCCUCGAGACCUGAAGAACGGAGAAGCUCUAAAGAGCAAGGUGUCGGGUUCGCUGGCUGUCAGAGCUGAGAAGAGAGAUGCUCAGAUAGUACCAAGUUCUACGAGUGACUCCUACCAGAAGGUCAACGAGCAGACCUCCGAGUCUCUCGGCCAGGGAGCGUGCCCCUUACAGGAUGCUGACGUUGGGACCAAAACGUAUCAAAACGACACCACAAACACAAAAAGUAAGACUUGAUGCAGGAUCAAGGAAAGGUGAGAAGAUGACUGAGUUGAUACAGAGGCAAAGGACGGACCAAAAAUGGUUUCACAGGAGUCUCCUAUGUCAUGUUACGUGUUUCCUGUAAAAAAAAAAAACUGUCUGUUAUGAGAAUUGACAGGAAGUACAACCCGAGUAACCUGUUCGGUGCAUCUUUUCCGAAUGUCCUCAGUGUCACAUUCAUUGGCGAUUGUCCUGUAACGGUUCACCAGAAUAUAUUCAAUAAAAGCUCCAAUUGUUCCCAAUGCAGCUUAUCAGCGAGUUUAUUUUCAGUCCUUCAAAGACGUAAAUAAUGGCCAUCGGUAUCAAAGUGUCUUAUAUAUACAGCUUCCGACUGAACUUUUCACUUUGGUUUGGUUCGGUUUUUCACUUGUAACCCACCAAAAUGUGUCUUUGCUCAGAAAGUACAUAUUUCUCCAAGAAGCAAAACGCUGUUGUACUUUCUUGAGCAAAAAUAAAAGCUUUGGUCCUCGUUGCACCCAUUCAUUCCAGGAUAGUCUGUGGACCCCCACAACCCAACUUAGGACAAGUAGUAUAGAAGAUUAAUCACUGAGUGGUAUCCACACAGAAAUCCUACUUCCUGUUUGUGGGAGAGGGGGUUUGUUUAAGGGAUGUAAUCACUUUGUUGACAUUCCUCUUGCCUUCACCUAUCACCUGUGCUUUGCUUUUGUACCUGUAACUGUGAAGCAAUUGUUUUCAGCUCAAACUGGACAUGCACCACUGACUAACAGGCCAGUUCUGUUUUUUUUCCUUAAAGCAAAAUAAGACCAUGAUAACUGUUAUGGUGAGUGUUUAUGUUAAAUGUGUAUCCAUGGUUACCUGGAGUUGCUACCUCCCAGGAUGGCUGUAUCACCCUCUGGAGCAGUGGCCCUUGUAUAUAAAGGUAAGAUGUAAGCCAAGAAUACUCUGGAAUAGCUGUUAUAAUGCUAUUCUAAAGUUUUUUUCUUCUAAAAUUAAAUUGGACAUUUAGAUGUUCAAGAAUGUUUCUGGGGUGAUUGUAGGCAUGUGUAAUGUCUGGAGAGACCAUGUGAGUGUGUUCUUUAUUGCAUGUGCUCCCGUGUGCAUGUUCAGUUUUAAUUUUGUUCUGUUGGUGUGGUAACCUGUGUGAAUGUAUUUUUCUUUUAGACACUAUGUCACACAAAUGCAACGUUGCUGACUGUUAACUUUGAAAAUAAAGACUUUUUUGCUCAUAA